AUGUCGAACAGCAGUCGCAAUGCUCGCUUCUUCAACUACCCGAACCCCAGGGCGAACGAAGCCACGUACCAAGCACCACCACCACCACCAAAGAACCCCGUGAUCAAGGGGAGCACCUUGCACUAUCUGAGCAACCUUGUUGCAGCGGUACCCUUCGUCCAGUAUCUACUAUGGAGCAAUGCCGGCUUUGGCACGCUCCGCAGCUGCAAGGAGAUUGCUGAUGCAGAGCCGCGCCUUGAUCCUACCGUCAUCCCUCUCGCCCAGCCCGGCGACGACGCUCCUGGAAGCUAUGCAAACGUCGCCGGCUCGUCCCGCGCACCGCCCAAGGAUGGACAGUCGCGGUUCCACACCAUCGAGGAUAUCCACAAUGCCUACCAGAGUGGCACCCUCACGCCCACCUCUGUGGUCGAGGCUCUGCUGCCAAUGAUACGCAGAGAUGUUGCGAAGCGUGGUCCGCAUUCCACCGCCUUCACAGAGAGCAAAGUGGAGCUGGUCCGACAGGCUGCUGAGGCUUCUACACAGCGCUGGAAGGCAGGCAAGCCAUUGGGCAUCCUGGACGGCGUCCCUUUUGCGGUCAAGGACGACUUGGACGUCAGGGGCUACAAGAGGCACGUGGGCACCGGCCACGACUACACUGAAGGCAAGGAAGUGGAGACUAGCUGGUGCGUGAAGAAGAUUGAGGAAGCGGGUGCUGUGCUGAUCGGGAAACUGAACAUGCAUGAACUGGGCUCUGACACAACGAACAACAACCCCAUCUGGGGCACUCCACUGAACCCCUACAACGCCUCCUAUUAUACGGGGGGCUCAUCAGGAGGCGUCGCAUCUGCUGUAGGUCACGGAAUCGUGCCUUUCGGCAUCGGCUCUGACGGGGGUGGCUCAGUCCGUAUACCCAGCAACUACUGUGGACUCUUUGGCCUCAAGACUUCCCAUGGCCGCGUCUCGACCGCCCCUACGCCGGGUGGAAUGAAGUCAGUCGUGGUGCGUGGUCCAUUAACAACGAGCAUGGCAGACCUGGACAUCUCCUACCGUGUGCUUGCUCAGCCUGACCCUUCGUGCUAUCCUUCCUCACAUUUCAGUCCUCCCAAGCCGCACACCGGCCCACGCAACAAGAUCAUCGGCAUCUGUAAGCCUUGGUUCGACCGUGCCGAUCCCGCCGUACAGGAAGCCUGUCAAUCUGCAAUGCAAUACAUGCAGUCCGAGUUGGGUUAUACGAUCAUCGACAUCACCAUACCGUUAUUGCAAGAAGGCCAACUCGCACAUGCUAUGACUAUUCUAGCUGAAGGCGUUGAUCUGAGUCGUCCAAUCUGGGGCCUCACGCCCGCAAACCGGAUCCUGAUGAGCGUCGCGAAGCAGACACCGACUAUUGAUUUCUUGUUAGCACAGCGUGUUCGGAACGUGAUCAUGGAGCAUUUGGCUCAUCUCUUCGAAAAACACCCCGGCUUGAUCAUUGUCACGCCUACGACGCCAAAUGUAGGCUGGCCAAUCGAGGAUGCGGACCUGGCCUGCGGUGUGUCGAAUGCUAACAUGACGCUGAGGAGUAUGGAAUAUGUGUGGCUUGCAAACUUUACUGGAAUUCCAUGCAUUCAAUUGCCGGUAGGCUAUGCGGAUGCCGUCGAGGGCAAAGGAAAGGUUCCGAUUGGGCUGAGUGGGCAUGGUGAUUGGGGUAGCGAGGAUGCAUUAAUCGAGUUUGGCUACGAUGGCGAGAGAUGGCUGCACGAGGGUCACAAGGGUGGUAAGCCAAUGCCAGAAGGGUGGGUCGAUAUUCUCAACCUUGGAGAUAGGGUUGAAUCUGUUGGUCGCAAUUGUUAG